AUGCUUCCUAAAAGACCCAGAAUUGAUAUACCCAUUUGGGGCAAAUUCCAUAAAGUCUUAAUCGAAUUCGCAAAGCAAACAUAUCACGAUAAGCAAUCGACGGGCAAUAUGUAUGAGCGAUACUUGGAAGGCCUUAAAGCAUUGAAAAGUGCUGAUUCCGACUUACACUGUUCAGCAUAUAUCCUUGCUGAAGCAAUCAACAACUUAAAUAUCCAUUUGAAUCCACGACAAUCCAAUAGAGGAGGAGGAGAAGACGUCGUGAAGGAAGUCGGCGAAGCUAGAAAUGAGACAAAGCAGGACGAGGAGAUCAAAGAUACAAGAUGCGUCAAAUACAAAUCUAGUUCAGUUUCAAGUGGACGUAUAGCGCAACUAGGUGAUACGUAUGGGAUAGAAAUCAAUCUGCAAGACUAUUGGAGAGCUCUAGUGGAUACUCCUGUCGUAUGGAGUGUAGCUACAGACCAAAAGAUUCUAAUUGCCAAAUCAGCAUGGGGUGUAACUCGUAUGAGAGUAGAUACAGCCGAUAAUCUUUUGAUCCAAUUCGCAUGUCCGUUAAAUUUGACUGUUGAUCAUCGCGUAACGGGAACUGCUGCUUUUGUUCGACUCAAUCAUCCGAUUAUGUUAUCGUUCAAUGACUUCACCUCAAUCCCCAAGUCGAUUGAAAAUCAAGUGCCCCCCUCAUCAAGUCCAACACUCCAAGAUGGAUCAAGUUCAAUCGAAACGUCAACACCACCAAGGGAGCCAGACGAAUCAAGCGAAACAAUGCCUUUGAUCGAGACGUCGCAGAAUGCAACGGUCGAAUCUCCCGCCCAGUUGGAAGGCAUACAACGACGUCGCGAUGAAUUAUCCUUCUUUACUUUGGUAUGGCAUGGCCAUAACAUUAGUGAUGUAGACGACGUGACCUGUUUCCAUCUGAUCUACAGUGAUGUUGUCAGGCUGAACAAAGCAAUGGUACGAUUGGCGAAGAUGUGUCGUCAUGGGAGGCGAAAAGACGAAAUAUAUCCCAGAUCAGCGUUUCUAAAAUCCAGUACGGAAUCCAGUAUAGGGGACUCUGUGACGAGCCGCGGAAUCAUGACUUCUGCCACCGUCCCUAUCACCGUACCUGCACCGGCUUCUGCUUCUGCUGCUGCUACUCCUGCUGCUGCUGCUCCUGCUGCUACUCCUGCUGCUCCUGCUGCUGCUCCUGCUACUGUACCUCCGGUGUCGACUCUCGCUUCGCCCGCCGAGCAAUUGGACAUUGCAGAGUUCAAAAAGGAGGAAGAAGGACUUGAGGAAUCUUGGGAAUCUUGGGAGCCAGAUCGAAUCGCUCAAACAAUAGUAAGAUGGUGGUCAAGGCAUCAUCGGAAUACUUGUGCUAUCGUAUUAGAGAUAUCUGCCUUGUCGAAGGAGCUGGAGGAAGAAGUCAGACCUGUCCAGCCUGAUCACUUGACUCGGCCUCGCGAGGUAGCACCGGCACACCAAUGUGAAUGUAAACCUUCUUUCUAUACGGAAACAAAAGACCGAGUGGCUCCAGAAGACCUUUUCGCUUCACCCGAAAUUAUGGAACGGUUUUAUCUGAAAACAUACGCAGAUGAAGUCGACUUCAUCGAGUGGAUUUUCAGAUUCGUUAGGUUCACUGAAAAUCGUAUAAGGGUCGUACCAAAAAUUGCGGAAGAGAUGUUACCUUGGGAUCGAAAGAGAGCUUAUGUCAUAUAA